CCAUCCGUGCUUAACUCUGAUCAUGGGGAGGAAGCUGGAUCUGUCCGGUCUGACAGACGACGAGACGGAGCAUGUUCUCCAAGUGGUACAGAGAGACUUCAAUCUUCGCAAAAAGGAGGAGGAACGGCUAAGUGAGAUGAGGCAGAGGCUGGCUGAGGAGAACAGCAAGUGUAGCAUCCUCUCGAAACACCAGAAGUUCGUGGAACGCUGUUGCAUGCGAUGCUGCUCACCCUUCACCUUCCUGGUCAACGCCAGGCGCCGCUGCGGGGAAUGCAAGUUCAGCGUCUGCAAGAGCUGUUGCUCCUACCAGAAGCACGAGAAGCUCUGGGUAUGCUGCGUCUGCCAGCAGGCCAGGCUUCUGAGGACGCAGUCUCUGGAAUGGUUCUACAGCAACGUGAAGAGUCGCUUCAAGCGUUUUGGCAGCGCAAAGGUCCUGAAGAACCUGUACAGGAAACACCGUCUGGAGAGCGGAGCCUGCUUCGACAUCUUAGGAGGAGGACCAUUCGAACUAAACCUGGAGAAUGAAGGGAGCAUUUCCGGAAGUGACUCCACAUUCUACAGGCAGUCGGAAGGACACAGCAUGAUGGACACCUUGGCUGUCGCCCUACGAGUGGCAGAAGAAGCCAUUGAGGAAGCUAUUUCCAAAGCAGAAUCCCACGGGGACAGCCUGGACAAACAGAAUGAGGCCAGCUACCUGCGGGACCACAAGGAAGAGCUGACUGAGGAGCUGGCUACCACCAUCCUGCAGAGGAUCAUAAGAAAGCAGAAAAACAAAGCUGAGUCUCCAGCGGAGGAAGAUGGGCCAGAGUGGCCUCGACCCCAGAGUGGAGGUGUGAAGGCCAAGGAUGAGGGGACCACAGCCUCUCCAGGACAACACCAGGCACGUGCUACGCUCUGGCGGUCCCGGUCUGCAAUCUCCUUCACCACAGAAGAUGACCCGAAGACCUGUUCAGCAGAGGCUGCACCGAGGCGGUCCAGGGAGCGUGGCCAGCAUCUGCUGGAGGAGUCCACUCUGCCCAGCUGGAAGAGCAUGGAUGCACUGGACGGAACAAGUCUGGCCCCGGUUUUGCAGAGCCCGGAUGGGAACUGGAUGGCCUUGAAGGGUGAUGGUACUCGGCCCCCAAGCCGCCUGCUGGCCAAACCGAAGAGUGGGACCUUCCAGGCCCUGGAGGUGGCGUCCAGUGUGACAUCUGCCUACGAUGAGAUAGGUUCUGACAGUGAGGAAGAUUUUGACUAUAGCGAAGCCUUGAGUAAGCUGUGCCCGCUGCCCCAGGGCAGAUCCAAGCAAUCCCAGCUUCAGUCUGCACAGGCUCAGUGUUUCGGCCAAGGUCCCUUAGCCACCUCUUCCUCAAACCCUGAGGCCAUGGGUUCUGAUUCAGAGACUUCUAGCUCCUCUCGGGAAGCUGGACGCCGGGCUAGGCUGUCCUGGCUGCAGAGGAAGGCUCCCAAGACCCCCACGGCAGAGAAGAUGCGCCACCAUGAAGAGCUGGAUGUGAAUUUUAACCCCCAGGCAGCCAUCGGAGAGACAUCUGAUAGUAGCGAUCCAGAAGAGGCCCCACACACCGCAGACCGCCGGGCCAGGAGGUGGAGAAGGGCCCGAGUGGGCCCAGAGGAGCCAAACAGGGGCCUGCCUUCCCCUAGUGCCCAUCCACAGGCUCUACACACACAUCAGGUGUCAGACAAUGUGUCAGAGACUGACAUCAGCAACGAGGCUCAGAAUUCCCGGGCCAGCACAGACUCGGCAGAGGAGAAGCUGAGGAACAGAUUGUACGAGUUAGCCAUGAAAAUGAGUGAAAAGGACACUUCUUCCGGGGAGGAGCAGGAGUCCGAGCCCAAGACUGAACCUGAGACCCAGAAGGAAAGCCUCUCUUGUGAGGAAACCAGCCAGGGUGUGCAAGAGGAGCUGAAGAAGAAGUGUUCUGCUGUUUCUCUCUGCAACAUCUCCACAGAAGUCCUGAAGGUCAUCAACGCCACCGAGGAGCUGAUUGCGGAGUCUUCAGGGCCCUGGGCGAUCCCCCCAGUCCCAUCUGACAGAGACAUGGGGACAUUUCCUCUUGGGACAGACCCAGUGAGACUGGACAAGCAGCUGACAUCCUUGGAAGAAAAUGUGUACCUGGCAGCGGGCACCGUGUACGGGCUGGAGGGACAGCUGAGCGCGCUGGAAGACGCUGCCCGCUGCAUCCACGGCAGCACAGGCGAGACGGAGCUGGCAGAUCUGGAGGACCAGGUGGCUGCAGCUGCAGCACAGGUACACCACGCUGAGCAGCAGAUUUCUGACAUCGAGAGCCGGAUUUCAGCCCUGACCAUCGCUGGCUUGAACAUAGCGCCCUGUGUGCGUCUCACAAGGCGACGGGAUCAGAAGCGAAGGAACCAGGUGCAAACUAUAGACACAUCGAGGCAGCAGAGGAGGAAACUGCCCGCUCCUCCUGUGAAAGCUGAAAAGACUGAAGAAUCUUCUGUGACCCCCAUUAAAACAUUCAACCGCAACUUCCUUCUACAAGGCCCCUCCAUGAACAGGCUCUCAGAAAGGCAAGGUGACACCAAGGACUCGACGGAGCCCGUUCUGGAGUCGGCUGUGAUGUACUAACCACGGAACUCCACAGCCAGUGACCCACUGCCUCUGGCCGUACACGACAGUGCCUUGACCCAACAGCCAUCGAGUACUGUGUGGAUUUCCACUGAGGCAAGGGCCUGGGGAGGCCGCAGUGCACCGCUGCACAGGGCUGUCUUGAUACCUCACCCGGAAGGAAGGCCGUCUCAGUAUGCAGCUCUGAGGUCCUGCCCAUUCUCUGCCUUAGGCUCCCAGGGGAAUCUGAGAUUGAACACCCAGACGCUGGCUUCUAGAAGUGGGGCUCUGUGUUUAAAAGAUGCAUUGUGCCUGUUUAAUUUGUUCCUGUGCGUUGUCUUCACUAUCCCUGUGUGCUUUUAAUCUCUUUUUAUGCCUGUCAUCCGUUCAUGC